AUGGCAUCCACCAAGCCAACACGUAGUGGUCGUGCUCCAAAGCUACCAGGUGCACUUAAAGAUAGUGAUUCAGAAGACGAAAAUCGUUCAAACAACAAAAAGUUUGGUUUUAUCUAUUUUCCGGAUGAACGAAGACAUGCUGUAACAUCACUAAAUAGUGUUGAACAAGGUGAAAAUAAAACAGUACGUGUACGUAGUGGUGGUAAAUGCGAUAUUGAUCGUCGAUAUGGCUUAACAACCGAAGCACCAGGUGCAUGUCGACAAGUUCAAAAAUCAACAGAAACAGAAAAAGAUGAUGAAUUAGAAUGUUUUCUUGAUCAACGAAUAUCAAAGAGAAAAGCUAAAAAAAUAGAGAAUACUGCACCAACAAUUGGUGGAAGUGAUGUAACGCGAUCAGAUCGACGAAUUACACCACAACCUGUAACAAGUUCAAUAAGCUACGAAGCAGCGCGAAAAUUUGUACAACCAAUGAGCGAUGAUAGUGAACAAAUAAAAGUUCAAUUAAGAACAAUUGAAAAUAUGCAAGCUCAAACAAAGAGAGAUGUUAAAAGUGUUAAAGAUUUGUUGUUAUUAUUGAUCAUUGAAGAGGUCGAUGUACGCCAUAUUCGUGGAGCAGAUAGUCAAAGAUAUUUGUACAAUAUUGUAUCGAAAGUAUUUGGUAACAAUCUGAUUGACGCAAGUCUGCCGGAUUAUAAAGGAAGAAAAGAAAAAAAAGCUUUACCAGACGAAACAAUGGAUAUGAUACAUGAAGCUGUGCGUUAUCGAUUUAAAAUUUCAAAAGAUGAAUAUAACCGCCAAUGGCAUGAGCGUAAUCGUCGUUUAUUUGGACAAUGGUUGGACGAUUAUGGUACUCGUUUAAAUGAAUCAUUAAAUAAAACAACCUCAUCAACAACAUCGCAGCGUCGCGCUCGAUCACCUAACGAUAGUAUUGUAUCAACCGCAGAUAGUCAAAGAUAUUUGUACAAUAUUGUAUCGAAAGUAUUUGGUAACAAUCUGAUUGACGCAAGUCUGCCGGAUUAUAAAGGAAGAAAAGAAAAAAAAGCUUUACCAGACGAAACAAUGGAUAUGAUACAUGAAGCUGUGCGUUAUCGAUUUAAAAUUUCAAAAGAUGAAUAUAACCGCCAAUGGCAUGAGCGUAAUCGUCGUUUAUUUGGACAAUGGUUGGACGAUUAUGGUACUCGUUUAAAUGAAUCAUUAAAUAAAACAACCUCAUCAACAACAUCGCAGCGUCGCGCUCGAUCACCUAACGAUAGUAUUGUAUCAACCGGUAAACGCCAACAUACUGCGACUUAUGGAAGUAGUAAUGGUCGAAAUGAAGAUGAAGCUAAUGAUCCUUGA